AUGUCCCAGACUGAGCAGGAGCAGUCGGACACAGACACAGAGCAGACACAGAGCAGGACACAGAGCAGGACACAGACACAGAGCAGGACACAGAGCAGGACACAGAGCAGACACAGAGCAGACACAGAGCAGGACACAGAGCAGGACACAGAGACACAGAUUAGGACACAGACACAGAGCAGACACAGAGCAGGACACAGACACAGAGCAGACACAGAGCAGGACACAGACACAGAGCAGGACACAGAGCAGGACACAGAGACACAGAUUAGGACACAGACACAGAGCAGACACAGAGCAGGACACAGACACAGAGCAGGACACAGAGCAGGACACAGAGCAGGACACAGGGCAGACACAGAGCAGGACAGAGCAGGACACAGAGCAGGACACAGAGCAGACACAGAGCAGGACACAGAGCAGGACACAGAGCAGACACAGAGCAGGACACAGAGCAGGACACAGAGCAGGACACAGAGCACACACAGAGCACACACAGAGCAGGACACAGAGCAGGACACAGACACAGAGCAGACACAGAGCAGGACACAGAGCAGACACAGAGCAGGACACAGAGCAGACACAGAGCAGACACAGAGCAGACACAGAGCAGGACACAGAGCAGGACACAGAGCAGGACACAGAGCAGGACACAGAGCAGGACACAGAGCAGGACACAGAGCAGACACAGACACAGGGCAGACACAGAGCAGGACACAGAGCAGGACACAGAGCAGGACACAGACACAGAGCAGACACAGAGCAGGACAGAGAGCAGGACACAGAGCAGACACAGAGCAGACACAGAGCAGACACAGAGCAGGACACAGAGCAGGACACAGAGCAGACACAGAGCAGGACACAGACACAGAGCAGACACAGAGCAGGACACAGAGCAUGACACAGAGCAGACACAGAGCAGGACAGAGAGCAGGACACAGAGCAGGACACAGACACAGAGCAGACACAGAGCAGGACACAGAGCAGGACAGAGAGCAGGACACAGAGCAGACACAGAGCAGACACAGAGCAGGACACAGAGCAGGACACAGAGCAGGACACAGAGCAGGACACAGAGCAGACACAGAGCAGGCACAGAGCAGGACACAGAGCAGGACACAGAGCAGGACACAGAGCAGACACAGAGCAGGACACAGAGCAGGACACAGAGCAGGACACAGAGCAGGACACAGAGCAGACACAGAGCAGGCACAGAGCAGGCACAGAGCAGGACACAGAGCAGGACACAGAGCAGGACACAGAGCAGACACAAAGUCUCUGACAGACACGACGAUAAAGUCUCUGAAAGACACGACGAUAAAGUCUCUGACAGACACGACGAUAAAGUCUCUGACAGACACGACGAUAAAGUCUCUGACAGACACGACAAUAAAGUCUCUGACAGACACGACAAUAAAGUCUCUGAAAGACACGACGAUAAAGUCUCUGAAAGACACGACGAUAAAGUCUCUGACAGACACGACGAUAAAGUCUCUGAAAGACACGACGAUAAAGUCUCUGACAGACACGACGAUAAAGUCUCUGACAGACACGACGAUAAAGUCUCUGACAGACACGACAAUAAAGUCUCUGACAGACACGACAAUAAAGUCUCUGAAAGACACGACGAUAAAGUCUCUGACGGACACGACGAUAAAGUCUCUGACGGACACGACGAUAAAGUCUCUGACGGACACGACGAUAAAGUCUCUGACGGACACGACAAUAAAGUCUCUGACUGACACGACAAUAAAGUCUCUGAAAGACACGACGAUAAAGUCUCUGACGGACACGACGAUAAAGUCUCUGACGGACACGACGAUAAAGUCUCUGACGGACACGACGAUAAAGUCUCUGACGGACACGACGAUAAAGUCUCUGACAGACACGACGAUAAAGUCUCUGACGGACACAACGAUAAAGUCUCUGACGGACACGACGAUAAAGUCUCUGACAGACACGACGAUAAAGUCUCUGAAAGACACGACGAUAAAGUCUCUGACGGACACGACGAUAAAGUCUCUGACGGACACGACGAUAAAGUCUCUGACUGACACGACGAUAAAGUCUCUGACGGACACGACGAUAAAGUCUCUGACUGACACGACAAUAAAGUCUCUGAAAGACACGACGAUAAAGUCUCUGACGGACACGACGAUAAAGUCUCUGACGGACACGACGAUAAAGUCUCUGACGGACACGACGAUAAAGUCUCUGACGGACACGACGAUAAAACACGACGAUAAAGUCUCUGACGGACACGACGAUAAAGUCUCUGACAGACACGACGAUAAAGUCUCUGACAGACACGACGAUAAAGUCUCUGACGGACACAACGAUAAAGUCUCUGACGGACACGACGAUAAAGUCUCUGACAGACACGACGAUAAAGUCUCUGAAAGACACGACGAUAAAGUCUCUGACGGACACGACGAUAAAGUCUCUGACGGACACGACGAUAAAGUCUCUGACACGACGAUAAAACACGACGAUAAAGUCUCUGACGGACACGACGAUAAAGUCUCUGACGGACACGACGAUAAAGUCUCUGACGGACACGACGAUAAAGUCUCUGACGGACACGACGAUAAAGUCUCUGACAGACACGACAAUAAAGUCUCUGACGGACACGACGAUAAAGUCUCUGACGGACACGACGAUAAAGUCUCUGACGGACACGACGAUAAAGUCUCUGACAGACACGACGAUAAAGUCUCUGAAAGACACGACGAUAAAGUCUCUGAAAGACACGACGAUAAAGUCUCUGACGGACACGACGAUAAAGUCUCUGACGGACACGACGAUAAAGUCUCUGACAGACAUAACGAUAAAGUCUCUGAAAGACACGACAAUAAAGUCUCUGACAGACACAACAAUAAAGUCUCUGACUGA